GGCGGGCUUGGUAAAGUUUUCAGGAAGCAGUUUGACGUCGCACCAACAAGAACGGUUUUCCGGCUAGUUUACUAACUUUUUUUUCCUCCCCCCCAACUACACAUUGUUGCGGGCCACACAGUAAAAAGAUGCAAAGCAGCGCCUAUGGAGCCCCGCUGGCCGGCGGCGCUUUUGAUUUCGGAAGCUUUGUGAAAAAGCCACAAACUAUUUUACGCUGCUUGAGCUGGCUUUUUGCCAUCGUGGUGUUUGCAACCAUCACGGCAGAAGGCUACGUCAACACAUCUGCUCAGCCGGAAGCCAGAUGCAUGUUUAACCACAAGGACAGCGCUUGCAGCUACGGCGUUGGCAUCGGCGUGCUGGCCUUCCUGGCAUGCGUCGCCUUCCUGGUACUGGAUGCUCACUUCCCACAGAUCAGCAAUGCCAAGGAGAGACGAUACAUCAUCGUUGCAGACUUGGGCUUCUCGGCCGCCUGGACCUUCCUGUGGUUCAUCUGCUUCUGUGUCCUGGCCAACCAGUGGUCCUGGACCACCGACCCCGCCGUCCCGGCUGAUGCUGCACGUGCUGUAGUGGCGUUCUCCUUCUUCUCCUUCCUCUCCUGGGGUCUGUUGGUCUAUUCCGCCUACAUGAGGUACCGCCAAGGUGUCACCGACUUGGAUCAACAGUACACAGACCCCGGCAUCGAUCACAACGCCCCUUACCCUCCAGCUCCGUACGCUAGCGAACCCGCCGGCUACCAGCAGUCUCCUUUCUCCCAAAACCCGGACAACUCCGGAGAGUACCAGCCGCCAGUUUAUUGAAAAGCUGGACGCCAAAACUCCCGACGAGGAUGGGUUUCCAGUGGGGCAUGCACACAUUCUUUGUGGAUGUUGAAUGAUUUGCUGUGGAGGAAAAGCAGGUGGGGCUUUCUUGUCUUCGUACCAAAACCACUGUCGUGACUUGAGUUGGCCCAAAGUUUCACCCUGAGUGCCAUUUAAGGGGAUAAUGCUAAGAAAUGUAUUUUGUUAAAUGGACAAUUUAAUAUUGUUUAAUAAGUUAUGCGACAAACAUCUUUUGAGGUCCCCGGUAAGAACUACUGUAAUUAUUUGUUUUAACAAUCACUUUCAAAAUAUAUAAUUGCCUUUGUGCACUGAAACACACACUUAUUAUAUAUUUUAAAUCUUAUUUUAAUGUUAUUUUUUUCUCCUGAAAAGGUAGCUAAGCCACGCAUUCUCUUCUGCUACCUCUGUUUUACUUAGACGUGGCUUUCUUCUGUAUUAAUAUCAAAUUCAGCAAGUUAAAGUGAUACAUAUUUAUUCACCUUCUCAGCCAAUCACAUGACAAUCACAUGAUUAGUAAGUCACUUGUCUUUCUGCUUGCUUUGUUUUGCUAUUCUCAGUUUUGCAGGUUGUUGUCAAAUGCCUUAGAGUAUUGCCUUGACCAAAUAAAAAAAAGGUUUGUUGCCAA